GUGAUGAUGACUUGCCUUAUGAAGAAGAGAUUCUUCGCAACCCGUAUUCAGUCAAGCACUGGUUGCGAUAUGUUGAACACAAAAAGGCAGCUCCCAAAGGAGUCAACAUCGUAUACGAAAGAGCCCUGAGGCAACUGCCAGGUUCUUACAAGGUAUGGUAUAAAUAUCUACGAACUAGGAGAAUGCAAGUCAAAUCUCGGUGCAUAAUAGACCCCGAAUAUGAAGAGGUAAAUAAUGCAUUCGAAAGGGCCCUAGUGUUCAUGCACAAGAUGCCUCGAAUCUGGAUGGACUACUGCACAUUCCUUACCGAUCAGUGUAAAAUAACAAGAACCAGAAAUGUGUUCGACAGAGCUUUGAGAGCGUUACCCGUAACACAACAUAAUAGGAUUUGGCCUUUGUACUUGAAAUUUGUAAAGCAGCAUGAUAUUCCUGAGACUGCUGUCCGGGUAUUCAGGAGGUACUGGAAACUGUGUCCAGAAAAUGCUGAGGAAUAUGUGGACUACCUCACAGAAAUAGGUCGGCUUGACGAAGCUGCCCAAGUAUUGGCAAAAAUUGUCAAUGAUGAAAAUUUUGCUUCCCAGAAAGGAAAAUCCAAGCAUCAACUCUGGAACGAGCUUUGCGAACUCAUAUCAAAAAAUCCUGACAAGAUUCGUUCCUUAAAUGUGGAUGCUAUCAUCAGAGGAGGCCUGAGACGCUAUACUGAUCAACUGGGCCACCUCUGGAACUCCUUAGCAAACUACUAUGUACGCAGUGGCCUGUUUGAAAGAGCAAGAGAUAUUUAUGAGGAAGCUAUUCAAACAGUCACUACCGUUCGUGAUUUCACCCAAGUUUUUGAUUCUUACGCACAGUUUGAGGAAUUGAGUCUCAGCAAGAAAAUGGAAGAGGUUGCUAAUCAGGCUAAUCCUACAGAAGAUGAUGAUACAGAUCUGGAAAUGAGGCUAUCCAGGUUUGAAAAUCUCAUGGAAAGGAGAUUACUGUUGCUUAACUCCGUACUUCUGAGACAGAACCCGCAUAACGUCCAAGAAUGGCAUAAAAGGGUCCAACUGUAUGAAGAUAAACCACUGGAAAUAAUCAACACUUACACAGAAGCAGUGCAAACUGUGGAUCCAAAACUAGCUGUGGGUAAACUUCACACCUUAUGGGUGGAUUUCGCAAAAUUCUAUGAGAAAAACGGGCAGAUUGAUGAUGCCAGGCUUAUUUUCGAAAAGGCCACACAAGUUCCAUAUGUGAAAGUAGAUGAUUUGGCGAAUGUUUGGUGUGAAUGGGCUGAAAUGGAAAUCCGAAAUGAAAAUUAUGAUGAAGCUUUGCAACUUAUGCAUAGAGCAACAGUUAUGCCUAGUCGAAAAGUGGCCUAUCAUGAUGACUCAGAAACGGUGCAAAGUAGGGUCUAUAAAUCGCUGAAAGUGUGGUCCAUGUAUGCUGAUUUAGAAGAAAGUUUCGGUACAUUUAAAUCUUGCAAAGCUAUCUAUGAUCGCAUAAUAGAUUUGAAAAUCGCCACACCUCAGAUCAUCAUCAACUACGGAUUAUUUUUGGAAGAAAAUAACUACUUUGAGGAAGCGUUCAGGGCUUACGAAAAAGGCAUCUCUCUUUUCAAGUGGCCAAAUGUUUACGACAUUUGGAAUACUUAUCUCACCAAGUUCCUCAAACGAUAUGGAGGUACUAAACUUGAACGAGCCAGGGAUCUUUUCGAGCAGUGUUUAGAGGGGUGUCCUCCUCAGUUCGCGAAACAUCUCUACCUUCUCUACGCCAAGCUGGAAGAAGAGCAUGGAAUGGCUAGACAUGCGAUGGCUGUUUACGAAAGGUCUACCAAAGCUGUGCCUGAAGGAGAAAUGUUCGAAAUAUUCAAUAUAUACAUAAAGAGAGCGGCAGAAAUCUAUGGUAUCCCAAAAACUAGGCAAAUUUAUGAAAAGGCGAUUGAGGUGCUACCAGAAGAUAAAACGAGGGAUAUGUGCAUUAGGUUUGCUGAUAUGGAGACAAAAUUAGGUGAAAUAGACAGAGCCAGAGCUAUCUAUGCUCAUUGCAGCCAAAUUUGCGAUCCGCGUAUAACAAACGAAUUCUGGCAGAUUUGGAAGGAGUUCGAAGUACGACACGGCAACGAAGACACCAUGCGCGAGAUGCUGAGGAUAAAGCGUAGUGUCCAGGCAAUGUUCAACACCCAGGUUAACAUGAUGUCGGCGCAGAUGCUGAGUACAGCUGCCAGUAUGUCUGGGACUGUCGCAGAUCUGGCACCUGGUGUCAAAGAUGGAAUGCGAUUGCUGGAAGCCAAAGCAGUCGAAAUGUCUGGAAUAAACUUUGUCAGGGGAGAAACCCAGGGAGAUAAAAAAGACAAAGUUGUCAAUCCUGAUGAGAUUGAUAUCGAUGAUGAAGAUGAAGAAGAGGAGAUACCUGUGGAAAAACAAAGUAUUCCCUCCGAGGUAUUUGGAAGUUUGCGGGUGCAGGUACCUGUAGAGGAAGAUGACCAGUGAGACUAGUGAUUAGUUUUAAUGCUUUAUAAAGUUUAAGUUUACCUGUUUCAUAAAAAAAAUAAUGAUAAACGAAUUUUCUUAAUAAAACGAUUAUAA